AUGGCGGAUCCUAGUGGUGCAGCGCCUCAACCCGGUCCCAAUGAUAUCUCUACUGCUAUUUUGAGACCUAAGAAAUCCCCCAAUCGUCUCAUCGUCGACGAGGCCACCGCCGAUGAUAACUCUGUGGCUAGUAUGAACCCUGCAACAAUGGAGCUCUUGCAGUUAUUUCGUGGUGACACAAUUAUCAUCCGUGGCAAGAAGAGGAGGGACACCGUGCUCAUUUGUUUGAGCUCUGACGAUGUGGAGGAGGGCAGAAUCCAGAUGAACAAGGUCGCCCGAAACAAUUUACGAGUGAAGCUCGGCGACCUCGUCAAUGUCCAUGCUUGCAAUGACAUCAAAUACGGCAAGCGCGUCCAUAUUCUGCCAUUUGACGACUCGAUUGAGGGAUUGAGUGGAAACAUAUUUGACGUGUACUUGAAGCCAUAUUUCCUCGAAGCUUAUCGUCCCGUCCGCAAAGGUGACACCUUCCUCGUGCGUGGAGGUAUGCGCACUGUGGAGUUCAAGGUCAUGGAAACAGACCCUGCCGAAUUCUGUAUAGUCGCACAAGAUACUGUUAUUCACACAGAGGGUGAUCCAGUGAAACGUGAGGACGAAGAAUCAAACUUGAACGAUGUUGGUUACGACGACAUCGGUGGCUGCCGCAAACAGAUGGCCCAAAUUCGUGAACUUGUUGAGCUACCUCUUCGUCAUCCUCAACUUUUCAAGUCCAUCGGUAUCAAGCCUCCGCGCGGUAUACUGAUGUUUGGACCUCCUGGAACAGGCAAAACCCUCAUGGCACGCGCCGUGGCCAAUGAAACUGGUGCCUUCUUCUUCCUCAUCAACGGACCUGAGAUCAUGAGUAAGAUGGCAGGAGAGAGCGAAAGUAAUCUGAGGAAGGCUUUCGAGGAGGCAGAGAAGAACUCACCCGCUAUCAUCUUCAUUGAUGAAAUCGACUCCAUUGCACCUAAGCGUGAAAAGACCAACGGAGAAGUCGAACGUCGCGUUGUUUCGCAAUUACUCACGCUCAUGGACGGUCUUAAAGCACGUUCGAAUGUUGUCGUCAUGGCCGCGACCAACCGACCCAAUUCUAUCGACCCUGCUCUGCGUCGAUUCGGUAGGUUUGAUCGUGAAGUUGACAUCGGCAUUCCCGAUCCCACCGGUCGUCUCGAAAUUCUUCGUAUCCACACGAAGAAUAUGAAGUUGGCUGAUGAUGUUGACCUCGAACAGAUCGCUGCUGACACCCACGGUUACGUCGGUUCUGAUGUAGCAUCACUCUGUUCAGAGGCCGCCAUGCAGCAAAUCCGUGAAAAGAUGGAUCUCAUCGAUCUCGAUGAGGACACCAUUGAUGCUGAGGUGCUCGAUUCUCUUGGUGUGACCAUGGAGAACUUCCGCUUCGCGUUAGGAACUUCCAACCCAUCCGCACUGCGGGAAACCGUCGUAGAAGUGCCGACUACCACCUGGGACGAUAUCGGUGGCCUCGAAAAAGUCAAACAGGAGCUCCAGGAAACUGUCCAAUACCCCGUCGACCAUCCGGAGAAGUUCUUGAAGUACGGUAUGUCGCCGUCAAAGGGUGUCUUGUUUUAUGGUCCUCCUGGUACUGGUAAGACACUGUUGGCGAAAGCCAUUGCCCACGAGUGUAACGCCAAUUUCAUCAGUAUCAAGGGUCCUGAACUGCUCACAAUGUGGUUCGGUGAGUCUGAGGCCAACGUUCGUGACGUUUUCGACAAGGCUCGCGCAGCGGCGCCUUGUGUCAUGUUCUUUGAUGAGCUCGACUCUAUCGCCAAAGCUCGAGGUGGUUCUUCUGGUGAUGCUGGAGGUGCAGGUGACCGUGUUCUCAACCAAAUUCUUACGGAGAUGGAUGGUAUGAACGCGAAGAAAAACGUCUUCAUCAUCGGUGCCACAAACAGGCCAGAUCAAAUUGAUUCUGCCCUCCUCCGACCUGGUCGUCUCGACCAACUUAUCUACAUACCUCUACCGGACGAGCCCUCACGUGUUUCUAUCUUGAAAGCUACUUUGAAGAACUCCCCACUUGCGCCGGACGUAGAUCUCAACUUUUUGGCAAAGAGCACGCACGGAUUCUCUGGUGCUGAUCUCACUGAAAUUUGUCAGCGGUCGGCAAAACUUGCUAUUCGUGAGUCUAUCGAUGCAGACAUCAGACGAACACGGGAGAAGCAGGAGAAAGAGGGUGAUGAUGCGAAGAUGGAGGAAGACGUUGAAGACGAGGACGACCCUGUUCCGGAAAUUACCAGGGCCCACUUCGAGGAAGCGAUGAGAUAUGCUCGUCGUUCGGUAUCUGACCAAGACAUUAGACGAUAUGAGAUGUUCUCCCAGAACCUGCAACAAUCCCGCGGCUUUGGUAACAACUUCAAGUUCCCAGAGAGCGAUGGCACCACCGCCACUGCUCCUGCUGGGACGGCGACGUCCAAUACCGGUUUCACUGACGAUGCCGGAGAUGACGAUCUGUAUGCAUGA